AAAGGAAAUCGGGCACGGCGCGAUAGGGAAUUUUUUUGUCUUGUCCUCUUGUUUCUGUGGGGUCAGAGAAGUAGACGGACCGUUCUCUCACACGAUUUCCCACGUGUAUUUUUUUCUUAACUUCAGUCGAGUCGUACUUGGUUGGGAGGUGUCACAUUUACGUAGAUUUUAAAAAUAUAAGUGCAAUGCCUAAAAAACGUAAAUCGGAGCAAUCUGAAGUUUUGGAAAGCAAAAAACUGAAAAUCGUGGACACCGAGUUCAAUGGAACUCAUUUUAAAGCAAUGCUAAAAGAGGAUGGGCAAGCAGUUAAAGGAUUGGAGACAUUUAUUUCAAUUGUUCAGAAGUUGCCAUCACCUGAAAUUUAUGAUGUUGUUGAAGGUUAUAUAAAAAUAUCCAUGGAGUGUUCAGAGAUCUUCCGUUUAAUGGAAGGAAAGCAAAAUGAGGAAAGUGAGAUGAUUUUGAUAUUUAUGACUUUGGAAGCAAUUUUACUCCGUACAGCAAGUGAUUUGUCACAUUUCAGCAUGGUUGGCACAGCCAUUGUGAAAAAAUUGCUCACAUGCCAUAUGAAACAUAUAUACUCGGCACUGUACUCUGAAAAUCACAGGUAUAUUCAAACAUCUUUAAACCUUAUGGCUGCAAUGGUAUCACAAGGUCCAGAAUCUGCUCAAGAAGUUUUCAACCAUAUUGAAUUUAAAAAAAAUCUUUCUGGACUUGCAAGAAAACGAGACAAAAAGGGAAAAACAGAUGUCCGAGUUGCAUAUAUUCAGUUUGCUCUUUCAUUUCUAAUUUCUGGUGACAGCAAUGUUAUAAAACAAGUUCUGGAUCUCAAAGAUUUCUUACCUGAUAUUCUGAGUACUGGACUGAUGGAAGAUCGAUUGUCAACUGUUAAACUUCUUAUAUCUACACUACAGAAAAAGGUGGUUCAUUCAAAAUCUAUCACUAAAACACAGAAGGUGCAUUUUUUUAAUAAUGUUGUUUUAAACCACAUUGCAUCAUUGUACAGAUGGGAUGGAAUUAUUGAUGUCAUGUUAGAUGAAAUAAAGGCUAUUGAGCUUACAGAAGAAGUUGCAAGAACUUUGGUGCGAGAGUUAACUCACAGCUUUCUCUUGGAUAUCUGUUGCUCACUGAAACAUGGCAUCAGUUUUUAUGACCCAAGUUUUGGCACAACUGGAAGGUCUGGAAAUAUUGUUCUUUUGAGGUUUAUUGUUGGACUAAGAACAGCAACACAAGAUGAGUUGAUAGGAGAAAUUGUGGUGAAUAUUCUCAAAGUUUGUCCCGAUUUGCUACAGAGAUACUUCAAAGAAACCCAGUUCUCCUUUGUACCUCGGCAAACGUCUGCAUGGCUUGACAACAUGAAGCUUCUUCGUAAGAUUUUUGAAGCACAACCAGAAAUUUCAAAGUCGUUCAGUUCUUCAGAAUUUAUUCCACUGCCUCGUCUUUUACAAAUGGUAUUGGUGACCACAAUGCCUUCAGUGUGCAGCAAAGCUAUGUUUACCCAGGGACUUAAUCUUGAUGACAAAAUAGUGAAGCACACAACCUUAUCUUUUAUUGCAUUUUUGCUACGGAGAGCUGAGAAGAAUAUUGAUUACUGCCUCAGUCAGGAGUUUUGUUCCAGCUCAGAUCACUAUUGCAAGCGUGUGAUGGAGGAUUUUGUGCAGAAUUAUCGAGAAGCUCUUUGUAAGAUGUAUCCUGACAUAACUAAUAUAAUUGCUAUAUGGCAAUCAUUAACUAAGAAAGAACAAAAUGAAAACCAAGCAACAGAACAAGAAAGUCAAUACAAAUCUUUAAAUGGUAAAGGAGCUGAAUUCAAGGAGUAUGACUUGAGCAAUUCAGGUGUCAUUCUCUUGAAAGCUGUGAUACUUCAAGUUCUGUGCCUCUAUCAAAAAGUCAUUCCCUAUGUGAUAACCCAAAGUACUUUUGACUACAGCAAAAUGCUGAAUGGCAUUUUUACUGGAAAUGUCAAUAGAUAUGUAGUACCUCCUGUUCUUCAGCACCAGAUGCUCAAGUUGUGUUUGGAUCUUCCUGCCAACAAGUUUUCUUGGUUCCAGGAUAUACGAGAAACAGAAAAAUGUAAUUGUGCAAAAUCAGUAUUUUAUUUGUUGUUGAAAAUGUUUGUGACUACCACAAAUGAACAACUGAAGUUAUCAACAAAACAGCUAAUUAUUAAGGUGUUAAAGGAAACUGGUGUUUUUGAACAUACCUGGAAGGAGUUGGAAAUUUGGCUGAAACACCUUUUGCUUAUUUCUGAGGCUGAGCAAGAGACUGUAAUUCAAUUUUUGGAAAGAAUUUUGGUGAAGCUUGUAUCCAACCCCUGGCCCUAUACAGACAUUGAAGCAGCCCUUGUUCAGGAAGCUAUUUCAUAUCAAACUAUUCUAACAAGACAAGAAGCUGGCACUUUAUGUUUACCUGUAUUUCAGUAUAUUGAUGGUGUUGAUGUUGUUGAAGAAUGUAAAGGAUUAGAUGAGGGAUUUGGAGCCCCAAUUACUGAUGAAAUGAUCCAACAGAUAUUUCCUUUUAGUGCUGCUGUUCUUGCAGCACUGGAAGCAAGGAAUAAAUUAUUACAGAAGUCUUUUGAUGAAAAUGAUGUUGUUCAGAGAUAUGUAGUUUGGGUGCUAUCAGAUAUUUUGCACACACAGAGAGAUCCUGUUGCACUUUGUUUAGCCUUCCAAAUGUAUGACAAAGAAUUAACUCCAAUCAAGGCAAUCACUGAAAACACAUCAGUGGCUCAUUUUUUUCACUAUUACAGGAAAUGGAUUCCCCCGCAAGCAGCAGAAGCACUUUUUGGUGAAACUGGUUCCAUUCUUGAAAGUAUUCAGCAAGAUGCCUCAUUCUCUAGCCUGUUGAAGGAAUCUUUUGUUAAACAUGUCAAUCAUCCUCAGCGAUGUGAUUUGGAGGUUGCAUUAAGACGGACCAUUUCAGAACUUCAACAAAGUGAAUUUUUACUGGGCGUUAAACAUCUCAUGCUUUAUAUAAAAACAUGUGUGGAUGACUACACUAAAUUUAUGAGAACUGAUGAUAUUACUUUGUUGAAAUUCUACAUGAAGUUGCUGGAGAUGUUCGUAUCCAGGCCAUGUAAUUUAGAGGAAUCAAAACUAAACCAACCUACUGACAUUAAUGUCAAUGAUGUAAAUAGUUUCUUUUUGGAGAAUGAUUGUGUUAUCCAGGAAAAUACAGAAGACCAGGUGGCUAUAAAUGUCCUGGAAGAAAUUUUUAAACAUCCUGUUAUGGAGCAGUGGUUUUUGGCUCAAGAUUUGCAAACCUUCUCACACAUCUGUCUGAAAGAUGACAGCUUCAAAGUGAUUGGAGCAGAAAUGAACCGUGGCAUCCUGCACUUACUAAAACUUGGAGCACCUAAGUUAAAAAAACUAGAUUGUCUUCAAAUAAUUUCAAAAUUCAUGAAUACAAUAACAAAUAGUGUUUUACAUGAAAUUAAGCAUUUAAAGAAGAAUUGUUCACAGGAAACAGAAAAAACAUUUUCGCUGCAAGCUCUCGAGGAACUCCAUUCUUUUAUGGAUGUUAUUGAACUUAGAAAAGUUGUUUCUGCAUUAUUGAACCUUCCCAAACAAAUUUUGACUAUUAACUGCGAAAAUGAUAAAAAAACAGGAGCCAUUAAGAAACUUGGCACACUUGGUCAUAUAUUAGUUCUGAUUUUAAGAGAAAAUAACAUGCAGACAAAUGACAAAGGAAACUUGGUUUUAUCCAUCGAACAUUUGAGGGGUGUUGGACAUUUGAUGCUAUCUGGUGCUAGUGAGGAUUUGGAAAAGGUUAUACUUCAUACCUUACAGAAAGAACCUCUCUUUGCUCAGUUCAUUCAAACAAAUGUGCUUGUUUUUUGCCUUAAACGGAUGACAAAUAUAAGUCUGUCAAUUGCAGCUUUCCUAAUUCAGCAUUGCAGAGUUCAUCUUUUACAGUUUGAGCUGUGGUGCUUGGAACCUCAAAGCAAGAAAGUCCUUAAAAUGAAUGGUGAUUUAUUUCUGUCGCUUAUCAAUGGAUAUCUAAAGCAUCUAAACCAAGAAGCUAAUAUUCAGUUGCAAUCUUUAUCUUCAUUGGUGCUAGCUAAUCUAAAAGAAGCUUUUCUGGAAAGACUGUUAUCCACUGCUUUGUCUGACAUUGCACCAGAUAACCUGGCAUUAAAAUUUGAGAUCCUCUGCAGUUUAAUACAACUGUCACUCUCUUCUGAUGAUUUAACUGAUGUAGUCAGUCAUUUACCCCCGUUGUUGGAAAGAACUGAAAAUUAUCAAAGAUGGAAAUUAGUAGAUUGUGUUACUAAGAAACUCGAUGGCAUUCAAGAUGAGCAAUCUAACUGGAAAAAGACAUUGUUGAUGGCAUCUCUCAGAUGGCUCACAUCCUCUUAUGCCACUAACAAAGAAUCAGAUGAGUCCUUGAAGGAGAAAGAACUGACCAUUUUAAAUAAGUUGAAAGAAUUAAUUGUGGGUUCUUCUAAUGGAAUUGAUGCAGUAGAAUGGAAUUCAUUUAUCAAAUUGGGACUGAAGAACCGCUAUAGAGAAACUGCCUUCCUGGAAGCUCUGAACUUCAUGCUUGCUAAGCUGUAUAAUGAUGACAAUAUACCAGAAAAGUUUCUGCCAUUACCUAUGAUACAUAUGAUGAUAAUAAGUCAUUCUCUUUUCCUUCCAACAAUAUUGAAUGAAAAAGUUGAAAACAGUUGGGAUCUUCUUGCAAAAGAGUCAAUCAUAGACAUCUUGCUAACUGUUGUAAGGAGGUGUGGUCAUGUCUGUGAGAUGAGUCACAUUGCUGUUAUUCUGGGAGCUUAUGGAGCAAGUUUAAGUAGACAAGACCAGAAAUUGCUACUUUUGCUUCGUUGUUACGAACAGAAUGGUGCUAGUCUAGCAGAAUUUGGAGUUUUACUUUGGGGUCCAGCUGCAGUUGAGUUUCAGAAAGCAAGGAAGAGCUUGGGGAAGUCCAUUUGGCAGCAACCUAGUACAGAUCAGAUUCUGACUUUACUGGAUAAGGAUAAAAUGCAUCAAACUCUGCUGAACUUUCCACAGUACCGCCAUAUUUUACCUCAGAGUGGGAAGGACGAGAUUUUUAAAGAUGACAAUAUAAAGGACUUGGAUAGCCUGUAUGAUCCUUGUUUUCUGUUGCCUCUCUUCAGUACAAUAGUUAAAUCAGACUCUGUGAUUGACUGUCAGAAGUUUGUCUACACUAAUGCUUUGGGCGUUACAAUAGCAGCACUUAGCAGCUAUGAUGCCAAUGUAAGAGCUGCAGCUUAUUAUGUGUUGGGGUCUUUUUAUCUUCAAGUGGAAGCAGCCUUUUUUAAAGAAAAACGACAGUUACUUUGCCUACUGGAUGCUUUUAAAAACGGAAUCCGACAAAAGAACUCCUGUGUGCCAUUUUCCCUGGCAGUUUACAUUGCCAAAAGUGCCCAGCAAAUUUUUAAGCCAGGUGAAUACAUGUAUCUUGUAAUCAACAAAUUUCUGCUAUCUCAUCAAUACCUUGAUAUUAAAAAAGUCCCUGGAUUUUUUAAGAUGUUUUACAACUCUGAUUUAGAGCAUAGGGUGGAACGUGAGUGGAUUCUCCACUUGCUAGCUGAAGGAAUGAAGGACAGAUACAGCUAUGAGAUAUACAGUUCUCAGAGAAUUUUCCAAGUUCUUUUAGCGUUCUUCAGCUGUCCUCUUUCUGAUGAAUCAGCCAAGAAUCAAAUUCUGGAUAUUCUGACAAAUGCUGCACAGGUAACUAAAGCUGCUUAUGAACUUAUCAGAGAUCACGGGAUUUUAGGCUGGAUACUGAGCAUUCUUCAGCAAAGAUAUUUAGAAGACAAGUCACUUUCAAAAAUCAUAACCCUGGUGCAUUCUCUUUGGAUAACAAACUUGUCAAAUAAGGAGAAGGAAGAAGAUUGUAGACUUGACCCAAGAUCAAAAAAGUUUCUUCCCUUAUCUAUGGUCAAUGAGUUUUGGAAUCUUUUAACUAUUAUCUUACGGCAUAUUCGAAAAAGCCUUGAACUGUCAAAGAUAUGCCUGUUGUUUAAGACCAUCAAGUCAGUUUUAAAGCAUCGCACGUCAAUUCUCAGAAGUUAUCAGGAAAACAAAAAUAUUGUUUUAACAGAGAAAGCAUUGUCAUGCACUGAAGCCCUUAUCUUGUUGUAUAAAUGGAGUUUUGUAACCAAAAAUGAUCACUUACGGGCUGAAGUGCAAGAUGUCGCUCAGAAGCACAAUGUAAAAGAAAUCCUGAUAAAAGAAAAUUUUCAAAAGAAAGCAGAUGCAAAUAAUACUACAGAAGACACCACAGAGGAAACUGUACAUAUAGAUUGUUUAAAUGAAUGUGAAGAAAACCUCAGAAGCAUAUUAACUAAAUGGGAGCCCUGUAUUUCACCAUGUCAUCCUUACAACUCUCCUGGUGAACUGUCUGACAUACACAGACAACUUGAUCAUGCAUGUGCAUGUUUGAUAGUGAAAUGGGAACUGAAGUCCUUUGGUGGUUGCCAAACAUGCCCAAAUGAUUUACUAAUAUUUUUAGAGUGGUUACAAAAAAAAAUUUUAACUCACCAUAUUAAUGAACUUCUUCAAGACAGCUUUGUGAAGCUCAGUUUUCUCCAGCUUUAUCACAAAGUUAAUGGUCUUACUGAAGCAGACGGCAGAAAUACCAUGGUUCUUCAGAUAUUUACUUCUGUAAUGAUACAGUUACUGGAGGCUCAGAAUUCACUUGACAUGAAAAUUCACAAUACUGUCAUGAAGUUUUGCUUACAAGAUGAGACUGAAGAAAACAACUUGAACAGAGAUGGAUACUUGACACUGCUUUCAUUAUACAUUCAUGUUAUGUGGUUUGCAGCAAAACAUCAUGACAUCUUCCUGAACUAUAUUACAUUAUUAAUGGAAGCAGCUGAAAAGAUCCCUAAAAAGAAGAAAGAUAAAACACCUGGGGAUUUCUUCACAGUCUGUAAAGAGUUGUCUUCAGUUCUGAACAAAUGCUAAAUGGAAUGAAACAUAUGACUUAAUGUGUAACUGUAAAUUAUUUAAAUUCUGUGGACAUCUAUCAGCUUUGCUACAGUACAUUAACUGUGACUUCCAGUAUGUAUUUGCACAGGUUAAUAUUUAUCUUUCUGUCAGUGUGAAAUCUGAAGUAGUAUUGCAGAUGUUAUAAGCAAUCAACAAACAACCCUAGGGAAACAACAAUAAAUAAAGCCUGAUCUGUAUACUGUAAAAUCAUGAAGCAGCUCCUAUUUUUUAUUACUGUCAUUUAGAUUAGCUGGCCUAAGGGACUAAAUUAUUAGAAUUCACACAAUGAAAGCCAAUUAGUUACAUUAUUAAAGAGAUUCUAAUACACAAGAAUCAGUCUGUUAGCUAGAUUUUCUAAUCAUAUAUUACACAGUCCCACUCCAUAUGCUUUAUAAUUACAGUUUUAUAACAGUGUAAUAUUAUCUUCUCAUUGGAUCAAAAUAGUUGAUGCCGAAGAAAACUAGAAAAGGUACAGAAACCUGAAUAAACCUCAGAUUGAGAGAGGAUUUUGUACACACACACGUACUUCAAAUAGGAACUUAGCACCCAGAGAAAACAGCUCAUCAAGAGAAGUUUUGUUGAUGGCUUUCAAACUUACUGCAAGUCUUUAUAAGAAACAUUCCCAAUAAUUUUAGGUGAAAGCUGUAGGUAGGAACUUCAUCCAUGGGAAAAUGUUCAUUGACAUAAUGUAAAUAACUUAAGAAGUACAAAAAAAUUGUCAUUUUAAAAUGCUAAAAAGUAAUUGAAAAAAUAAAUUUGUUAUGUUUAAUUACUGCCUUGAACUCACUUACUAACACCAAACAUCAGAGAAAACCUAGAAGUAGUUUUAUUUUUUUUUAUGUAAUCACUGUUUGAGUAAAGUUUGGCUUUUAGCAUAUGCAUCUGUUUCUUUGACUGCAUUUGACCAGACUUCCAAAGCUUUUUCCCUUAAUUUGUAAGUGCUGUAGUGCUGAUUGGUGAGUAAUAAAAUGGUUGUUUAUAAAUUUGCAAGAAGUGAAACUCGGCAGCUUCAGUGAAAAAAAAAAAUUCAUUGCUUAGUAUAGAUACUAAAUAUCUUUGGUUGUUUCAAAAAGGUAUUCUGUAUUAUUUUUAUAUUGAAAAGUAUAAAAUGUAACUAUGACAAGUGGUAACUCAUUAUCUUUUAAUUAAACUUGCACUAAA